UUUGAAGCAUGGAGGAGCUAAAUUUGAAGUUUGUCUCUCAGAAAAUAAGCAAAAUCAAAUGGCAACCCGUUCCAAAACAGUCAUUGAAGGUUGCAGAUACUUUUGUUACUGGAAGUUGGGAUGAUGAUGUGAAUAAGAUUUGUUUAUGGAAAGUGAAUAGUGGAGUUCAGGAUGAAAACCUUCAAAGAGAUUUAGAGCCACAAAAAAUCUGUGAAGCUGCCAUUGAAGGAGAUGUUACUGAUUUAUGUUAUGUUGCUGAAGAUCAGUUAAUGGUGACAUCAUCAACAGGUUCUGUUUGUAUGUUUAAACACAAUAAUCACACAGGACUAGAGUUUUGUAGUAUAUGGAAAGGUUUACAUGAAAUGCAAGGUGAAAGUGUAUCGUGUACUUGUAUUGGUAAUAGAGGUGAUGAUAUGGUAGCUACUAGUGGAGAAGAUGGACGACUUAUUAUUUUAAAUAUAAAUCAGACCAAACCCGUCAGAAUACAAGAUAAUGCAGACAGUUGUACCAUCAAUAGUUUAACAUUUUUAACACAAUCAGAAAUAUUGACUGUUAAUUCUUUUGGUCAAUUAAAAAUAUUUGAUAUUAGACGAGAUAGUGAUCAACCAGUUAAUAUUUUCUCAGUAAAUGAAGACAAUACACCAUUACACUGUGUAGAUAAACACCCAGGACAACCACAUAUAGUUGCUGCAGGUGGACAAGAUGGUAUGUUAACUAUCUGGGAUAUUAGAAAAGAUAAAUAUCCUAUGACUCUAUUAGAAGCUCAUAGCGCUGCAAUGUGGGAAGUAAAAUUCCAUCCAUCAAAUCCAGAUCAUUUAUUUACCUGUUCAGAAGAUGGUUCUUUAUGGCAUUGGGAUGGUUCAGCUAUGAACAUAUUAACAAAUUUGGUAGCCUUCUGUUGGGUUGAAAGGAUGUACACUAUAGCCCCAAUGAGUGAAUCAAGUCCUUGGAUCAGUGUGGAAUCAUCCAGACAUAAACUAGAAAUCAAUUCAUUAUUACCAAAUAAAUCAUUACCUGUUAAUUCACUGGAUAUUCAAGACUCUAUUUUAUUAUGUGGUACCGAUAGUGAGACAAUUUAUACUGUACCAGUUCCAAAUUUAUGUUGAAACAAAAUAGACGACAAAGGAGCAAUACACUGGUAUUUGCCAGCAAACUGUUUGAAUAAUAUGAAUUUCCAUUUUGUGAAAUCAAAACUAUAUUAUGUUGGUAUGACCUAUAAUGUACAUUGUAGAUUGUAUAUUUACAACUGACAUUAAAGGAUAUGUAAAUCAUGCACUCAUUUUAUAAAAGGCUAUGGGGCAUGUAUUCUAAUUAUGUAAAUUAAUAAUACAAUGGAUACUCUUUAAUGUAUUGUCAUUUUAAUCAUUUUAUAAAUCAUUUACCAAGUUCACAUUCACAAAAUAUAUAAUAUUAAAUCAAAUUAUAAUAUC